AUGAGCUACCACCUCAACAACGGCGUUCCCCUGCAGCUCGACGGCAACGACACCGCGCCGCCCCCGCUUCCGCCCUGGCUUAAGGGCUUCCUCGUGACGUCCAAGAAGCGCGAGGACGUCGCCGCGGCGGGAAGGGAGAUCGCCAACCUGUGCAACGACCUCUUCUUCAAACUCGCCUACGACGACCUCGGCGUCCCCGCGAGCAUGGUCAAGCCCGGGGAGACCGAGGUCCCUUACGAUUUCGCCGAGCCCUUGCUCAUCCCGGGGUGCCCCGGCAGCGUGUUCGUCGCGCUCAGGCCCGACAACAACACCGUCAACGUUCGCAUGAUCGCCGAAGACCUCAUCGAGGAGGCGGACAAAGUCGGCGCCGCGGGAUGGACCAAGACCAGCCACGUUCAGAGGCUCAUCCCCGUCGAACGCGUCGCCCCCGAGGCGGACCUCGACCGGCUCGCCGCUACAAUCAUCGACGAGCACUUCCCCCGAGUCCGAGCCACCGACGACGUCAAGCCCGGGCACAAGCUCCCCACGUUCCGCGUGCACUACGAGGAACACAGCGCCGCGCUGCACCUGCACAAGAUCGACGUGGAGAAGAAGGUCGCGGACAUGGUCCCGUCCGAUUACGAGGUUAACCUGAACGAUCCGACGCUCACCAUCCUCGUCUCCGUCGCCGGCGGCUCGUGCAUGAUGAGCGUCGUGAAAGGGUACGCGUCGCACGAGAAAUUUCACCACUUUCACAUCCACUCCGCAUCGGACCUGUCCCCGAAGAAGGGGACGGGGAUGCCGGCGUCGUCGGUGUGGACGCAGCCCGGACGCGCGCAGGCGGCGUGAACGCCUCCGCGAGCGAGCGAUAAAGCCGAUGGGUCGACCGAGAAACGUCGCUUCUGACGGCGUUGUACGUGUGCGUGUAAGAGUUUACGUGAAUGAAUGAGUUAAACGUU